ACGUUCUGUAACCACACUGAGAUUGAGAAGCUGCUGGACACUAGUGAGUCUGACCAGGACAGAGAGCUGAUCGGAGAUUUCACCAAACCCUGUGUCCUGUCCACCGUGGAGGGUAAACACCAGGACCUGAAAUACAUCACCCCUGAGAUGAUGGUGUCCGCUCUGAGCGGCCAGCUGCAUCAUGUUGUCGAGAGGAUCGUGGUGAUUGACUGUCGCUACCCGUAUGAGUUUGAGGGGGGCCACAUCAAAGGAGCCCUGAACCUCUACCAGGAGGAGCAGGUAGAGGAGUACCUCCUUCGCACCCCCAUCGCCCCCCUCUCCCCUGACCACAGGGUGCUCCUCGUCUUCCACUGUGAGUUCUCCUCAGAGCGAGGGCCCAGGAUGUGUCGUUUCGUACGUGAGAGGGACAGGACGAUGAACGAGUACCCUAACCUGCACUACCCAGAAAUCUACAUUCUCAAGGGAGGCUACAAAGAGUUCUUCCCUCACUUCCGGAUGCAGUGUGAGCCCCAGGGGUACCGGCCCAUGCACCACCAGGACUUUAAAGAGGACCUGAGGAAGUUCAGACUGAAGAGCAGGACCUGGGCCGGGGAGCGCAGCAAGAGGGGACUGUACAGCAGACUGAAGAAGCUGUAG